UUCACAAAUUCCAGUAACGUUUGUGGCAGACUUGUUUAUCAAGUCGAAUCUGACGAGUGUAUCGUGGACUCGGGGUGAUCUCGGAAAUUCCCGAAUAACUUAUUUUUAAUAUUUUGUCCAAUAUUUUAUGAUCUUUAGUUUGACUUUGACUUCGUUUUUGUUGUUCUGCGGAAAAAUGUUGAACAAUUCGGACACGUUGGAGACGUGGGAUAUUGUGGCAAUGGUGCUGUAUUUUCUAGUCAUGAUUGCCGUGGGAAUAUCGUCCAUGUGUUUUGCCAACCGAAGCACGGUAUCCGGAUUUUUCCUGGCCGGACGCCAAAUGAACUGGAUUAUCGUGGGAGCCAGCUUAUUCGCUUCGAAUAUCGGCAGUGAUCAUUUCAUCGGGUUGGCCGGAUCCGGUGCCGCAGAAGGCAUCAGCGUCGGAGCGUUCGAGUUCAAUGCUACAAUUAUACUGCAACUACUCGGAUGGGUGUUUUUACCCGUUUAUAUCGCGAGCAAGGUGCACACGUUGCCAGAAUAUAUGAGCAAACGAUUUGGAGGGAAUCGAAUUCGCGUUUAUCUUGCCGCACUUUCCCUGGUUUUGUACAUUUUCACCAAAAUUUCAGUGGACAUGUUUUCUGGCGCACUGUUUAUUAAUCAAAGUCUUCGUUGGAAUUUGUAUGCAUCUAUUCUUUUAUUGCUGGGAAUUACCGCAUUGACAUCGAUAACAGGAGGGCUCACUGCGGCCAUAUUUCUUGAAGUGCUGCAGACAUGCGCAAUUCUAAUCGGAUGCGUUUCGAUUGCUGUGAUAUCUUUUGUGGAAGUUGGUGGGUAUGCCGGUUUGCGGGAAGGAUACAUGAAUUCAGUGCCAAAUACUACACGGUUAAAUCUGACCAAAUGUGGUCAUCCGGAGCCUGAUUCCUUCGUCAUGCUGCGCGAUAUUCGCGACCCUGGGAUGCCGUGGUUGGGGUUUGUUAUCGGCCAGACGCCUUCCUCAAUAUGGUACUGGGCUGCUGACCAGAUGAUGGUGCAGCGUGUGCUAUCCUCGAAAACUCUGUCGCAUGCCCAAGGUGGCUGUAUUCUUGCUGGAUAUUUGAAAUUGCUGCCAUUGUUUAUUAUGGUCAUGCCCGGUAUGAUUAGCCGUGUGUUGUGGCCGGACGAAGUGGGAUGCGUCGAUCCAGACAUUUGUGAACGAAUUUGCGGGAAUCGUGUUGGUUGCAGUAAUAUUGCAUACCCCAGACUCGUGAUGCGUCUAUUGCCGGCGGGACUGCGCGGGUUAAUGAUAGCGAUCAUGUUGGCAUCCCUGGUGUCCGACUUGUCUUCUAUAUUCAACAGUGCUUCCAGCUUAUUUACUAUUGAUGUGUGGGUACGUUUCCGCUCAAAAGCCACUCCAAGGGAAAUGCUUAUUGUUGGAAGAGUGUUCAAUUUGGUACUUCUCGCGGUUUCAAUCGCUUGGAUUCCAUUAAUCCAGCAAAUGCAAGGCGGUCAGUUAUAUAUCUACAUCCAAUCUAUUGCGGCCUACCUGGCCCCACCCAUUGCGGCAGUAUAUCUCCUGGCGAUUCUCUGGCACAGGUGUAAUGAAAAGGGGGCAUUCUGGGGUCUCAUGCUUGGAUUAGCACUGGGAGUCACUAGAAUGAUCCUGGAUUUUGUUUACCGUUCUCCGGAAUGCGGCUUACCGGAUGAGCGUCCCUCAUUUAUCAAAGAUUUUCAGUACCUAUAUUAUGCAUUUGUCGUAUUUGUCCUCAGUGGAUUUACAGCGAUCUUCGUCAGUUUGUGCACUAAACAACUGGAACCAUACAGGCUGAUACGUACAACGUUUUCCACCCGUUUUGCAACUCUCGAACGUCCGGAUGAACUGCCAGCGAGUACACAUGAUAUGUCACUUACGGAAUUGACUGCAACAAAUUCAACCGUCGCAGUUGUUAGCGACGAAAAAGAGACCAGCGUCGAAACGAUUCCAGCAGAAAAAGCUUUGAAAUACAGUCCUAAAAUGAUGCUAGGACUGCUGCAACAUGGAUAUAACUGGUUUUGUGGACUUGAUGCUCCGAAAGGUCAACCAGAUGCCAAUGAAAUCGAAGCAAAACUACUGGAAGCUUCGUCGCUUGAGCAACCUAAAUGGGUUAGGAAUAUUCUUCUAGUUAAUGUCGCAUUGAUUUGCAGUUUUGGCAUAACAAUAUAUGCUGUAUUCUCCAGCGGAAUCAUGUAAUGUUCCGCUUCAUCCGGUGAUUGAAAGUGUUUAUAGAAUUUAUUUUUUCUUGUUGCGAUUUAUUUCUGGAUGCUUAUUAUAUUUUAUUGCUGCCGUACCUAAACAUAUCAUUCUGUGAUUUUAAAACCUUCUGUUAAUACGUAUAUUUCUGCCGUUGCAUAUUUUUGCAACCUGUAUUACACUCUGCAGGUUGAAUAUGGUGUAAAAUUUUCAGAAAGACGCUUUAGAGGAGCGUUGGUGAUUUAUAUGUCACAAGAAUUAAAUGCAAACCUUCCGAAAACAGGCUCAGAAAA